UACUUGAAGUGCAGAUGACAUCACAACUAUCAAAUAAGAUUGAUAGCAAUUUGGCGGAUAUGUUUUUGCUCGUGAUACUAUCGAUUUACCUUUCGAUUUCAUCAGCUUAUGUCAACGUAAGCCAUGCAGUCUCUUUCCUUCAUCCAUAUUUUGGAGAAUAUGCUGGAAAUGAUUAUAAAUAUGAGAAUUUAAUGUCGAGAUCGAUGCCAACGACUACACCACAGCCAAACAUACCUGAUUUUGAUGAAGGAGAUGAUAGCUGUGUUGGAAAAAUAGAAUCAAUCCGAUUUUUAACUGGACCGUUGCAUGGACAUAUUCGUGAUCACAUAACUGUAUUUAAAUUGAAUACCAAAAACUUUGAACAUCAUACGGAUGUAAAAGAUCUUCGAAUUCCCCUAUAUUUGUCAUACAAAGCACAGUCUAUUAUAAGAUUAGAUAUAUCAAAUUGUAAAAACAACGAAAUUUCAGUUAAGGGAUUUACUAUAGGUUUCAUAGGCAAUCCACCAGCUAUAACAAAUUUUCUUUUAUAACAAACACGCUUUAUUUGUUCAAUUUAAAUUCCAAAUAAACUUUACCUAAAAUAUUAAAUCUA